GUGAAGACACAUCGGUUAAGAAAAUGGUGGGGAGGGGGUCUUUUGUUCUGAAGAAAGACAGACGUUAUGUUUUUUUUGCCGACCCGCCGUAUUGAACCAAUAGAUUUUGAACAUAAAAUCGUGGACCAACAACCUCCAAUGAGAAUCGGUCUGACGUCACCGGAAAAAGGGGAAUGUAAAUUUGCAUUCAUCCCCAGUCAGACGCUUUAAUUACGAGACACAAUUGCGUUCUUUCCACUCCAACGUGCAAGAUGCCUGAAGUCGCAAAAUCAGCGCCCAAGAAGGGCUCUAAGAAAGCCGUGACCAAGACUGCUGCGAAAGGCGGAAAGAAGCGCAGAAAGAGCAGGAAGGAGAGCUACGCUAUCUACGUGUACAAGGUGUUGAAGCAAGUUCAUCCUGACACCGGCAUCUCUUCCAAAGCCAUGGGCAUCAUGAACUCAUUUGUCAACGACAUUUUCGAGCGCAUCGCCGGUGAGUCCUCCCGUUUGGCUCACUACAACAAGCGGUCCACCAUCACUUCAAGGGAGAUCCAGACUGCAGUGCGUCUUCUGCUGCCCGGAGAGCUGGCCAAACACGCAGUGUCUGAGGGAACAAAGGCUGUUACAAAGUACACCAGCUCCAAGUAAACUAGCAUAAGAAUUUCACCCAAAGGCUCUUUUAAGAGCCACCCACA